AAGACAUCAUAGUUGACCCCAAAACUAAUUACGUCACAUUUCAUCUGAGCACUUUUUUUCAGCUAAUGAAGUGGUACCACCUUUUGGCAUUGUUCUGGUUUACUCAGUUCAUCAUUGCUUGUCAGCAUGUUGUUAUUGCAGGUGCUGUCGCCUCCUGGUUUUUCACAAGGGACAAAUCAAAACUUGGGACACCAAUUGCCACAAGUUUCUACAAUUUGGUACGAUACCAUCUGGGUUCUGUGGCUUUAGGCUCAUUUCUUGUGGCAUUACUUAAGCUAAUCCGUGCCUUAUUCAACAAGCUGGAACAAAAAAUAAAAGACCAUCCAACCUGGUGUACUACACUUGUAAGAUGCUGUAGUUGUUGUCUCUGGUGUUUCGACAAGUUCUUGGUAUUUUUGAACCGAAAUGCAUUUAUUGAGAUUGCAAUCUAUGGAUAUUCAUUCUGCAAGGCAGCACAGAAGGCUUUUUACUUGUUGUCAAACAAUAUUCUUCGGGUUGCAGCAAUAAAUUCUGUUGGAGAUUUUGUGUUGCUGCUUGGAAAAGCUGGCGUUACCAUGGCUACAGCAUUUAUUGGACUAGAACUUAUAAAGGUAAAUUUUAUACUUAUCUUGAUAUCCAGGAGAAAAUAUAAAAAUCUCAAAAAUCCUAUGUCAAAAUCUAGACAGGACAAAGAAGGAGUUAAUUACACAUGGGUUCCUGUCACCAUUGCUUACAUUUUUGCUUUUUUGGUUUCUCAUUGUUUUCUUGGAGUGUAUGAGAUGGCUAUUGACACACUGUUUCUGUGCUUCUGUGAAGACUGUGAGAGGAAUGAUGGAAUAAAUAAACCUUUUUAUAUGGGUCAAAGUCUAAUG